AGGAGCACGUGAAGGCGGCAUAGUUGGACGCGACAGAGAAAAGAGAGAGAGAGGGGGGAAGAAACAGAAAGGGCAAGCGACCUGUAAUAAAUUCAGCCUCGUACUCUUGGCGCCAAUCCGGUUAAAAGAGAAAUAAAAUAGCUCCAUUUUUCAUUGAUGCUGUAAUCUAAUUUCGCCUAAUCCGCGGCACUCUCCUCUCCAUCGGUCCGCGCUAGCCAGCUAGCCUUGUUAGCGCACUAUCAUUGUCAUAAUCUGGCCCCCUUCUCUCUCUCGUCACGAUACUAAUAAUUCAACAGUAACCAUAGGGACAAUAGAGGUGUAUUUUUCCAAGGUGAUCGAUAAGACACGGCGACAUGGGGAGGAAGUCCAACAGAGCGAAGGAGAAGAAGGCCCGGCGCCUGGAGGAGAGGGCAGCGAUGGACGCCGUCUGUGCCAAGGUGGACGCAGCCAAUAAGCUUGAUGACCCACUGGCUGCCUUCCCAGCCUUUAAAAAGUACGACAGAAAUGGGUUGAACCUGCAGAUAGAGUGUAAGAGAGUGUCCACCCUCAACCCCCUGUCUGUGGAGUGGGCCUACGAACUCACCAGAUCCAACAUGCAGACACUGUACGAGCAGAGCGAGUGGGGAUGGAAGGAGAGAGAAAAGAGAGAGGAGAUGAAGGAUGAGAGGGCAUGGUACCUGCUGGCCCGCGACGCGGACUCCGCCCCCGUCGCCUUCUCCCACUUUCGAUUUGAUGUGGAGUGUGGGGAGGAGGUACUUUAUUGUUAUGAGGUGCAGUUAGAGAGCAGAGUGCGGAGGAAAGGACUGGGCAAGUUCCUCAUCCAGAUUCUCCAGCUCAUUGCUAAUAGUACACAGAUGAAGAAAGUGAUGUUGACGGUAUUCAAACACAACCAUGGCGCUUACCAGUUCUUCAGAGAAGCUUUACAGUUUGAGAUUGACGACACCUCGCCCAGCAUGUCUGGUUGCUGCGGCGACGACUGUUCCUACGAGAUCCUCAGCCGGCGGACCAAACACGGCGAGGCCUCGGCGGGACACACCCACGGGGGCGGGCACUGUGGGGGCUGCUGCCACUGAUCGGCCACAACCAUCCCCGCCGAUUUGGUUGAAAACCAGCAACUUUCAUGGCUGUGUGUGAAAGCUCGUGCUGCCUUCUAUUUCGCAGGCAUUUUGAGUUUACCUGCUCAGAACGUUUUUGAAGUUAAGAGUGCCGUUAAAAAUGAACCGAAUGGUGGAACUCACCAUCCUCGGCUACAGAAGUCGAUGUCGCAUUACGGAUUGAGAUUUAUGUGUUGAUAGGGUUUUUUGUGUAUUCCUGCUACAUUUAGUAGGUAGUAUGCAGUGUGAGCUUUCACACAUCGCCUCUUUUCCUACUUCCUGGUCUGAUGUCCAAGUCACCCUAUCCCGUCCUCCCAUCCCAGUAACAGCUCUUAUAAGUUUCCCCCUCACCCACUGCCCCUCCUGCUACUUUCUAACUCAACCCACCCCGCUCUCAUCUCCUGCUGUACCACACUGUAUUGAAUCAUCAUGCACUGUUUCUUAAACUAUGGCGUAGGACCCAGUAUGGCUCGUGGGCCUGAUUGUUUUGGGACCUCGCACUAGGUGUGCUACCUUGUUUCAGCAGCCCCGGGUUCCAGCAGGAGGCUUGGGUCCCCUGAAAAGGUUUAAGAUGCCUUGCUGCACUGUAGCGUACUGUACUACAUUACCUGCUACACUGCAAGUUAUACACAAGGUGUUUGUGUAACGACAGUACUGCAGCCAGCAUUGACUGUACUGUUCUGACCCACACUGGCCUGUCCUACUGCUUUUACAUGGCUACAGUUAACUCUAAGGACUUCCCGUCUUCUCUGUUCCCAUCCCUCAGGUGAAAAUUACACUUAGACCUCUCCCCUGCUUUGGUUUUUAAUCUUUGAAUUAAGCAAGCAGGAUGACUAAGAUCACAUUCUUCUUCUCUCUCCAUGUUGUUUUCCCUCUCUUUCUCAUCAUCACCCUUUGCUGUAAAUCUGCGCCCUGCCACGGGAAUAAUCCCAGUUUCUCCCUCCCAUAUGGACAGCGUACCAGUGUGGUGUUUAUUCUCAUUCAGCUGCUCAACUUGCAUAAAUCCUCCCCAUAUGUCCUUACCAGAGACACACAUCAUAAACUGAGAUAAGAGUUCCAUUUUGUGGGAAUGCGAUCCUGCCAUAAUUGUGAAAGUGCAUCCUUCCCUCUGCCUUUUUCACUCUUUCUUCCCUUCGUCUUUUCCCUCCUCCGUGCCAGUAGACUCAGUGGCUGACUCCCCUAUUGAUACUGCAUUUCCCACGUUUCGAUUAUGUAAACUCGCAUCCUUCUUGCCCCUUGCUCUGUUCUUCUUCUUUCCUCCAUCCACCCUCCAGGCCCUAUAGGCGCUGGUGACAAGAAGUUCAUUUAUUUUGCCUUCACCUCUAGUCACCUUUUGCAAAAUGGCAUUCUUCCUCCUUCCUUUCCAAAAGGUACUGAUGGCAAACUAACCCCAACACUACCUUUAGCUGGCCUCCUUUGCUCUCCCACAUUUUGUGAGCAAAUCAUAUUGAUUUAACACAAGAGAAGGGUUGGUAUAACUCACCACUCCAUUGCACAGCUGUUACUAACCCAGUUAUUUUAAGUUGCAGAAUCCUAUUAGUGGAUGGAAGGAAGCUAGGAGGAUGGAUGGAUGGAUGGAUGAUACAGAGAAUUCAAGGUCCUUUUUAUUGAGAUUAACCCCCUCUUCUCCUUGGCACUCACCCCUUGACCCCACCCACCGUCAGUAGUUUGCAUGACAAGUUUAAAAAUGUUUGUUUAAUUAAAAAAAAAAAAACUCAUCUAAAUCAGGACUACACAGCAGCUAUGUUUCUCCUGACUCUUAUCGCUACACUGUUUGAAGCAGUAGCUAAAAUCCUCAUGUGCGUCUGACAGCAUGACUUUAAUAUUUCACACAAAUCUCCCGUGAACAGUGCAUGGUCAAAAGUAUUUGAAAUGGGGGGGAGUUGCAUGAAAUGUGAAGUUAAUGCAGAGGUUUCACAUCCCUCAAAGCAUCUUGGCACACAGUCGUCGGUGUAAGAUUUGGUCUUGCGUUUUCUUGACUCAUCACGCUAUACUGAUGACUCCGUACUUUACCUUUUAGUGUGUGUAUCUUCUGGCCGUUGGCUUUUAAUGGGUCAAACAUGACCCCAAGAUGCUUUUAGGUUACCAAAUCCAGACUUCCAGUUAGGAUUUUAGAUACCUCGUACACUAGUCACCCUAGAAAGGCUGCUGUAACCGCUUGGGGCUUGUCGUUUCCAUCUCUGUGUACAAAACCUUCAGGGUAUUUUUGGACAGUCUGGAGUUCUAGUCAGCUGGGUUAGUUCCUCCCCUCCUGGAAACCACCUCAAAACCCUCCAGGACUGUGGUCACUUGAUUCAGAUUUUACAUGAGGGCUGGUGGAAGUAAAGAUUAGCGGCGGGGACUUGCCAUAAUGUGAAAAUGGGUUUCCGUCCACUUUCAUUUCCCAUCAAACCACCUCUCCACUUUACCGCUUUGCUUGACAUUACUGUGAGUAUAAAGAUUCCCCCAAGCAUACCUUUAAAUUAUGAUGAUUUUUUUGUGUAUAUAUAUUUUAAAACCUCUAUAAUUUUUGUGUGUGACAUCAGGUUGCACACAGGUGGUUGAUGGUAUGUGAAAUUGGGUGACCACUUGCGGCUGACGGACAUUUAAUAAAGGUUUCGGUGAAAGUGGAAGCUGUUUUUGGUUGUUUCCAGAACGCGGUUAAGACAAAGAGAAGGAACGGUCCAGCUAUCUAGCACUCAGAGACGACAUGUUGGUGUUUCAUGCUUGUUAUAACGACAAUAAUGAACAAAAAAGAAAAACAAAAACAAAAAAAAAAUCAAACAACAUUUUGCUUGUAUGUUUUAGUUCUAGACUUACUUCUAAUCUGUAUAAUCGUUCAUUUUUACUGCAUAAGUUACAACAAAAAAAAGAGGAUAUUGUACAUAGUGGCAGUAUAUCAACCGGCUGACCGAGUCUCUCUCUCUCAGGUUCUUCAAAUGUAAACAAACCUCCUCCGUUUUACUUAAUAGCCAUGUUGUCAGGUGGAUGAAGGCUGGAUUGACUUGCCCCUCAGCUUGGAUCUGAUAUCAGUUUUGUCAUGCCAUCCUCACUUUUGUGAAUUCUCCCCUUUGUAGGUUCCUUACUUUUCUGUAGGGAUCUAUAGAGUACAGUCAACAACACUUACAUUCUUUGGUUUUAAAGGAGUAGCCUCAAGUCUUAGUUUUAACACAAACAGCAAAGUGGACCCAGGUAGCGCUACUUUUCAAUUAGUAAUUUUUACCAUUUUACCACAAUAAGGAGCUGGAGAAAAAAAAGUUGAUUGACAGCAUAAACUUAGGGCAGCUUAUGUUUGAUUCUCCAGCGCUCCUGUGGAGGCAUGAAGUGAAAUAUUUUAACCGAACUGACCUUAGAUCCGUGCUUGGAUGUGGCAUUCAGUCCAGAAAGGUGGGAUAUGUUUGAGGAAGGCUCAUUAGGAGUGCAACUGCUUUUGUGAAUAAAAACAAACAAACAAACAAAAACUUAAGUUGGGAAAUGAGCCUACUUAACCAGUUAAUUUCACAUCAUAGCAUACUUUAAUUUUUUUUUUGUUUUUGUUUUUUUGUACAACGCGGUCGAAUAGCCUCACCGAUUGUGUUGGAUACUUUUAAUUUUCUACCCACCCUCUAUCCUUGUAUGUGUUUCUUCUGGUCUUUUUCCUCUGUGUAUAUAUAAGCUGUUGUGGAUCCAUUUUCAUUUUGUUUUUGGCCUUUUACAGGUAAAACACUUUCUUUUUUUAAAGGAUGUUGAAAAAAAAAACAUGUUUGAGAGUGAGUGUUAAAAGUCCUGUGCUUACCCGACAAUGAAAGGGAAAAAUAAAUCAUUUCUGCCUUGUCAGUGUUUUAUUUGUAUGUUACAAAUAAAGGAAAGUUGUUUGACUUCUA